GGGGGCGCGGGGUGCCCCCUCCCCCGCGUCCGAGCGUCCGCGGGUGUGAGUUCGCACGACAGCAGAGGAGGUUUCCAUGUAGCUUGGAGUGUGGCGGAAGGUGCAGGUCAGGAUGCCUGGCUUCGUGUCGGCGGGUGAGGACUUUGACGGUGUUGAGGUCCGAGACACCGUGGACGGCCGCGGGAAGUGCCUGGUGACUCUUCGGCCUGUGGUGCCAGGGGCCGAGAUCAUCGCGGAGGAGCCCUUGUUUGUGAGACCUGCCGGCUGGUCUUUGAAGAGGGUGGCGAUGAAGCUGCGCCGACUACCGGCCGGACUCCGCCUGAGUAUGCUGGAGCUCGCGCAGGCGUCCGGCGAGGCUUCGGAUGACGGUGGAGGCGCCCUUCUGAGAGUGCUGCGGGCCAAUGGCGUGCAAUCGCUGGGCGGAGACACUUCUGUGUGCCGCCUGAUCUCCAGAGCGAACCACUCCUGCCAGCCGAAUGCCACUCUCUGCCCAGAGGCAUCCGGGAUCCGGCUCAUCGCUCUGAAGCAGCUCCAGCCAGGCGAGGUGCUGGUCUCGUACCUCUCCAGCGAGGACUUGCUGCGGCCCAUCUCGGUGCGGCAGCGGGAGCUGGAGCGUGGGCCCUGGGGCUUUCGCUGCGCCUGCGCCCGCUGCGCCGGCGCGGACCUGGUGCGGGGCAUGCGCUGCAGCUGUGGCGGGUGCUUCUUCCCUGCGGACGGGACGUGGACCCGGUGCAGCCGCUGCGACGCGGCACCGGAGCCCGAGGCUUUGGAGCAGGCUGAACGAUUCUGGCAUGCGGAACUGUCGCAGCUGGACAGAGCCGUGGGGAGCUACGACGCCAUUGCUGCGCGACUCCAUGCAGCCUUCCACAGCCCAGGCCCUGAUCCCCGACCAUGCCGCGGCAAGCACUGGGUGGCCGCUUGGGCCGCGCGCGCCCGCGCGCAGGCAGCCAGUGAGCCGUUGAAGGCCGCAGCCGCAGCGCGGCAGUUGGCGGCCUUCGUGCAACACGCCCGAGACGGCCUCAGCCCGGCGCACGCGGAGGCGCUGGCGCUGCGCGCCGGCGCUGUGGCCACUGCUGCCGCCGCAGCAGGAGACUCGGGGCGCGGCCGAAGAGGGCGGCAGCUGGCAAGGGCCCUGGCCCAGCGGGCGCUGGCGGAAGCGGCGCCGCUGUUGGGCGCCGGCCACGACGUGGUGAGGCGCUUGAAGGAGAUCCUGGAGGCCAGGUCGAAGGCCUCCUUUGCUAUGGUCCUCCUCUUCCUGGAGGUGGGCUUGAUAAAGAUGGCCUUCUACGUGGUGGGGAGCGCUGUGCCCUUUCUGGACUUGAUGGCGAAUUGCAGCUACAAGUACGUCCCAGUGACAAUGAUGGUAAUUGCAAGGAUACUUACAUUUCAGAACCCGAUCUACUGGCUCUUCUUCGCAUACUUUGCCGCCUGCGCGGCAUGGGCUGUGCGCCGCUUUCUGCUGCAUUUUGAGCCUGGGACGAAUGGGCAGUACAGUGUUGCACCCAGUGCCAUGCACGGGCAUGUGAUCACUGGGCUGGCGAUAGCGCAGUUGGCGCUGUGCUGGCUUCUUACGCCUUCAGCCACAGCUGCAGCUGCUGCGCCCCGGUUUCAUCCCCAGUUUGACUCAGUGUCCGUCAACAGAGGCUGCCCGCACCGGGCUCCUUGCAAUGUGAUGUCGUCGCCUGUCAGAAAUGCUGCGCCUGCAGAGAACUUGAUACGGGAGCUGCAGCAGGGUCGGAAGAUGCAGAUGGUGGAAGCGCUGCAGGUGAAGUUGCUGGAGGACCAGCGCCGGUCACUGCGGCACUUCGAGAGCGUCCAGGAGGGCCUGGGCAUCAUGCGCGCAGGGGCCCUCCAGAGUCGUCCCGCCACAUCCCCGGCAUCGCCGGUGUCGGACAGGUCGCCGAUGCAGCGCAUGUCCUUUAGCUUCUCGCUGAGACAGGAGGUGGAGGCCGCACGCGCUGCCUGCGGUUUGACCGAGCCCUUGCUGGAGGGCAAUGCCGAAGGAAGCGAAGGAGGCGACCAUAGCGACUAUGGCGGCCAUGGUAUGGUUAUCAGCAUCGCUGAGCCAACGCCGCCUCCGCAAGCGCCCCCUUGCGACGAGAUUGACACCGGGCCGACUUCGCCGCCCCGGGAGCCUCAAUCUCGCAGCCCGCGACGGGACAGCGGAGAACCCGGAGGUACCGGCCUCAACCUGAAGGGCUUCAAGAAGAUGAAGACUGCAGGCACGGUGAAGUUCCGCAAUCAAGAGGUUGACGAAGCUGAAUCACCCUCAAGAUAUUCGGAUGCCACCAACAAUGCUGAUGAAGAUGAAGAUGAGUUUUUCUAUCACCACAUCCGCCGCCUCUUCGCAGAGUCGAACGGCGCCAAAGAUGCUCUUCAGCAGGUCCCGGUAUAUCGCCAAAAAGGCGAGGUGUCACUUCUGUCGCAGCAGAGCGACACCAUCACUUUUAGCUUUUGCCAGCGGGGUGAAAGCCUAGCAACUGCUGAUGCGGAGGGUGUAUCCAUUUUGAACAAGGAGGGAUGUGUAUGGUCCUGUCCGAUUUCUUUGACCGCAAUGGCGUAUUCAGAGGGUGGCGUGUACUUGGCCGCUGCAGACCAGCAAGGGCUCAUCCACUUGUGGAACCUGAAGGCGGCUACCAGCACAACAUUCAAUGCUGGGUGCCAGGUCCUUGCACUGGCCUGGCACGAGCAUCGCCUCGCUGCGGCCACGACUUCGAAGGUGCGGCUGUUUGCCGUGCCAGAGUUCCAGGAGCUGACCGCCUUGCCGGGCGUAGCUCACAGCCUAUGCUUCUCCCCGGACGGAACCUUCCUGGCCGCCGGAGGCCCUGUGGAGGAUGCAACCAGAGACGACGGCAAGGGCACAGGGCUGGUGAUAUGGGACACGUCUGUGUAUGGCAGGUUGGGCUGUGUGGUGUUCUCAGACACGGUUCAGGUGACAGCGUUUCGGGGUGAUGGUCUCAAGCUGGCAGUGGCCCAUGGCGAGCUGAUCUCUAUCCUGAAGACUGACGGCUUUCCGCACGAAGGUGACUUGUGCUGCAGCGGCCGUGUGCACGCGCUUGCUUGGAGCCCCAACCUGCGAUGCCUCGCCUCGGGCGGUGAAGAUCGCACGGUUUGCGUCUGGGACAUGGUCAUGAAGGAUGCCCUCUUCACACUGGCAGCACAGGAUCAGAUUGUGCAACUGGCAUGGAGCGCCAGAGGCCUGGCGUUCGGCCACCAGGGAGGCAUUGGCAUGGCCACUUUGGAGCUGGAGCCCGUGGAGCAAGCAGAACACGAGGAGGAGCCGGCGAUGCCUCAGUUCGUAUUCUCGGUGAAAGCAGCCUCUUCGGGCUCAGGAGCGCCUCAGGCGCCAAAGCAGGCAGACAACAGAGAGGGCUUCCAGCUGAACGUGACCCGCGAUCGAGUGGACGCGGACCCGGCGGCCCUGGAUUUGGGCUCCCGCGUCCCAGGCUUGCAGUUCGCCAGCACCGCGCCCCGGCUGGUGAAGGCGAACUUCUUGGCCUCCUGCUGCUUUAUGCCGCACGACCAGUCCCUGGUGCUGGCCGGAGAGGAGCUCUGCGAAUGGCAGGUGGCGGGUGCGAAGCUGCGGGAGAUCCAUCUUCGCGACGCGGCCAAAGCGUUGGCCGUGUCCCCAUGCGGCGGGUACCUGGCGCUGGGCAGCGCGCUGGCCCUCACUGUGUAUCGGCUGGGGGCGCAGGGCGAGGAGGUCGUGGUGAGCCGCAAGGUCACUUCGAACAUUGUUUCGCUCGCCUUCUCCGCCAACCACAUGCUGGCAGUUGGAACCAUUGAGCACAAGGUCCUCGUUUUCCACAUCACGGACGACAAGGAGGCAGAUGUGCUGGAGCACGAGCAGGCCAACAGUCUGUGCUUUUCGCCCCGUGGGGACGUGCUGGCAGUGGUUGGAGGGGAUGACAUCAGCGGCACCGUCUCACUAUGGCAAGUUGACCGUGAAUCUUCUUUUCUCGGCUCUGUGGUUACCAGAAGCGCUGCGCGGAGCGCGUCCUUCUCCGCCACAGGGAAGAUCCUGGCUGUCGGAUGUGAUGAUGCCAGGGUGGUGUUGCUGCUGCCAGACCACGGCUUCAAGUGCUGGACAGAGCUGCGGUCCGCGGUUUGCUGCCGGUCGCUGGCCUGGUGCGGCGCCUUUUUGGCCGCUGCCGGGGAGCGGGAGGCGUCGGUGUUCAAUGUAUCCAGCAGCCAGAUCGUCCUUCAGCUCCCUCGGCAGCAGGAGAAGAUCUGCAGCAUCUCGCUGAACAGCAGCGGGUCCUUGAUGGCCUGCUGCCUCCCCAGCGGCGUUGCCCUCUACGAGCUGGAAGACUCAGAGGUCACCACGAGCCCGUCCAUUCAGGUGCCACAGGAUGCGGACCGGUACAAGUCGCGGGGAACCACGGCUUCUUUGAGUUUUGGACAGCUACCUCCUGAGCACAUGCACUCUAUCAAGCUCUCCUAUGCAAAUGCAGAGGAGGAGGACGACAUCCAGGCGCUGAAAGUCACCCGCCUCAAGUCCACCGGGUCCUGCUCCAACCUCUCGCUGAGCCACGAGCACGAGGAGGAGACUCCUUUCCGGGAGGGUACCCUGGUGGAGAGCAUUCCUUUGCCAAAGGUGGGCGGACAUCCUGAUGACCUGCCUGAUGACUGGCAGGUUGAUGGCAAGGGCUCCGGACCGCCGCAAGCGCCGCUGGCACCGCCCGAGCUGCGGAUGCUGAAGCCCCGCAUCUCGGUGACCGACGUGUCGCACGACGGAGGUUCCGGCUACGCCAGUCCCGCUGAGCACGAGGAGGACCCUGAAGCCGCAUCCCUGCGGAAGAGAGCCCUUUUGGCGCGGGAUCUAGGCCUUGAUCCCUGUACACAGUGCAAGAUCAGCAUAGCGGCCUGCCAAGAAGGUGUUCCGCUGAAGCUCAAGCAUGUGGAUGAGGUCUGUAGCUUGUACUUCAACCCAGCCGGCACUUGCUUGGUGGCUGGUGGCUAUGACCAAGCCCUGGUGCUGUGGGAUGUUGCCAGUCGUGCGCGCACAGCGGACUUCAAGCUCGAUGGCGAGAUCAUUUGUGUGGUUUUCUCCCCCUGCGGGGAGUUUGUCUUUUGCGGAGAUGGCGAGCGGGUGCUCAGGGUCUUCAAAGGCAGGACGCUGGAGCUCCUCAGUGAAAUGACCAUCCCGGAGCAGUUUCACAGCCUUGCGGCGGUCGACUCGCCCACAAACCUCUUGGCGGUCGGGUCCACGGGGGUGGUGCGCCUCUUCAGCGUCCCGGAUCUGCAGGAAGUGGUGAGCCUGGAGCACGGCGGCCAGGUGCAUAGCCUGAGCUACUGCCCCUCCCUCAAAAUGCUUGCAGCUGCCGGAGGAAUCGAUAUCACGGAGUCGGGCCUACUGGACUACAAAGCAAAGUCUGGUGGAAUGAAGGCCAUGGUCUGGAAAUCUACGGAGUUCUCAGGUGUGUGGGACGAGGUGAGCACGAUCAACUACAAGGACUUUGUUCAUGCCGCUGCCUUUGCUCCGUCUGGUCGAGCACUUGCAUUGGCCGGGGAGGACAGGAUGAUCUCCAUUUUGUCCGUCGGGAAGGGCUUCCAAAAGGCAGAAGAGCUGCUUUGUGGGGCUGGCAUCCGCUGCCUUGCUUGGGCUCCCAAUUCCCGGUUCCUGGCUUCUGCUGGGGAGGACAUGCGUGUAUCUGUGUGGGAUGUUCUUUUCAAGCGAGUGGUGCUGCACCUUCCAAAGGCUGACGAUUGGCUUUGCAGCAUUUCCUUCAGCGCAGACAGCAAGUGGCUGGCAAGCUGUGGCUACGGCCAAGAAACGGUGGACCUGUGGCCCAUUCAGGUUGAGGAGAGUGAACCCUGAGGGAAUGCCACAAACGUGGCCUUCCUUGCUCUUAGCCCUGGUGCGCUAUAGUUGUGGCAGGCAUUUGUCUCACCUGGUCCAAUUUUUAGCUGGCGCAAUUGCGCCUUUCGCAUUCUGGUAUUUUGGCAUUUUGGCACGGGUCAGCAAAGACGGGCUGUGUGGAGUCGGCAUGCAGUGCCUCCCUCCUUGCUCCCAUCCCUGCCAUAAGGUGGGUGUGGGGCAUGCCCGAGUC